GCGAGGGGCUCGAGGAUGAACUCGUCUCAGAGCAGCGCUGCUCAACUACGGUGCAGUAGUGUGUGAAAUCAUCGCCGGGUUGUUUUUCGACUGCGUUGAGCUAUGAACACGUCGUCCUUUGUCACUAAAUGUGGGAUUCUUGUGGAACAACAGAAGAACUUGGGUCCGGCUGAUAUCCUACAUGCACAUUGUGUUUGCAUUGAUUGUUCAGGCCUCCAGCACUAAAGCGCACAAACCUCUGGCAAAAUGUCAAGGAUGCUCCGAGAGGAGAGGAAGCGCACACCGCAGAGACAGCAGCAUGACUGGCAACCCUGAGACACGGGACACAGGUCCGAAGUGGGGCUGAGAGAAGCGUUGUUUUUCAAGAGACAUUUUUGUAACCACACAGAAUGGGACUGUUUGACAUUUGUGUAUUUUCCUGGGCUUCUUCGACGUGACACGGUGCGCGCCUCUUUGCGCCAGGACGCUGUUGCUGCUGUUGUGCAGUUCGGGUGUGGACUGGAGCGCCCUGCCGGGUUAAAAUCCAGAUUUAGCGAAGGGUCAAGAGGUUGAUUUGGUGGGGGGAAAUCCCUGCCAGGAGCCCCGCCGCCCUUCAUUACGCCAUGGAUGACUCGGGGAUAAUCCGGCGCCGGAGGCUGCAGGAUUUGCCGCUGCCUCGCAAGAACAGCAGUUGUCGUACAAGCAACAGGAAGAGUCUGAUCCUGACCACCACCUCUCCCACGCUGCCUCGCCCACACUCCCCUCUACCCCUCCCUGGACACCUUGGAAGCAGCCCUCUGGACAGCCCACGAAACUUCUCCCCCGGCAACCCUGCACACUUCUCGUUCGCCUCUUCCAGAAGAGCGGACGGACGACGAUGGUCUUUAGCAUCUUUGCCCUCUUCUGGAUAUGGCACCAACACUCCCAGCUCAACGUCCUCCAGCUCCUCUCAGGAGCGGCUGCACCAGCUGCCCUUCCAGCCAACCAUGGAUGAGCUCCACUUCUUAUCCAAGCACUUUGGCAGCACCGAGAGCAUCACGGAUGAUGAUGGAGGCCGCUGCUCUCCCCACAUGCGCCCACGCUCCCGCAGUCUCAGCCCAGGACGUUCCUCCUCCUUCUAUGAUAAUGAGAUAGUCAUGAUGAACCAUGUGUACAAAGAGCGUUUUCCAAAGGCCACAGCACAGAUGGAGGGGAGGCUAGCCGAGUUCAUCCAGGCUUUCUCUCCUGAAAACGUUCUUCCUCUGGCCGAUGGAGUCCUCAGCUUCAUUCACCACCAGAUAGCUGAGCUGUCCAGAGACUGCCUGGCUAAAUCCCGCGAUGGCCUCAUUACCUCCGUCUACUUUUUCGAGCUACAGGAGAACCUGGAGAAGCUUCUUCAGGAUGCCUUUGAGCGUUCGGAGAGCUCCGAAGUAGCCUUCAUCACAGAGUUGGCGAAGAAGCUUCUCAUCAUCAUCUCCCGACCUGCCAGGCUUCUGGAGUGUCUGGAGUUUAAUCCAGAGGAGUUCUACCAUCUGCUGGAGGCGGCAGAGGACCACGCCAAGGAGGGUCACUUGAUGAAAACGGACAUUCCUCGUUACAUCAUCAGCCAGCUGGGAAUGACCAGAGACCCUAUUGAAGAGAUGGUAAACCUCGACAGUUACGACAGUGAGGGACCGCUGACCCCUGAAACAGAUGACCCGACAGAGAGUAAGAUUAGAGCAAUGAAAGCACCAGAGGAAGCAGACUUCCAGACCAUCAAGCUGAUCAGUAAUGGAGCAUACGGCGCUGUAUACUUGGUGCGUCAUCUGGAGACACGCCAGCGCUUUGCCAUGAAGAAGAUCAAUAAACAAAACCUGAUCCUGAGGAACCAAAUCCAGCAGGCCUUUGUUGAAAGAGACAUCCUCACCUUCGCAGAGAAUCCCUUUGUCGUCUCCAUGUUCUGUUCCUUCGAGACCCGUCGGCACCUCUGCAUGGUCAUGGAGUACGUAGAAGGUGGAGACUGUGCCACUCUGCUGAAGAACAUCGGAGCUCUGCCAGUGGAAAUGGCACGCAUGUACUUUGCAGAGACUAUCCUUGCCCUGGAGUACUUGCACAACUAUGGCAUUGUACACCGUGACCUCAAGCCUGACAACCUCCUGAUUACCUCAAUGGGCCACAUCAAGCUCACAGACUUCGGCCUUUCUAAGAUGGGUCUGAUGAGUCUCACCACCAACUUGUAUGAAGGACACAUAGAGAAGGAUACUCGGGAGUUCUUGGAUAAACAGGUGUGUGGAACUCCGGAGUACAUCGCCCCGGAGGUUAUUCUUCGUCAAGGUUAUGGGAAGCCAGUGGACUGGUGGGCUAUGGGCAUCAUCCUGUAUGAGUUCCUGGUGGGCUGUGUGCCUUUCUUUGGAGACACUCCAGAGGAGCUGUUCGGGCAGGUCAUUACAGAUGACAUAGUGUGGCCAGAAGGGGAUGAGGCGCUCCCUUUUGAUGCCCAGCACCUGAUCUCCUCCCUGCUGCAGACCAAUCCACUAGUUCGACUGGGCACAGGUGGUGCUUUUGAAGUGAGGCAGCACUCAUUCUUCACAGAGGUGAACUGGAACAGCCUGCUGAGACAGAAGGCAGAGUUCAUUCCUCACCUGGAGUCUGAGGAAGACACCAGUUAUUUUGACACCCGAUCUGAGCGCUACCAUCAUGUGCAGUCAUACGAUGAGGAAGAUACCAACGACGAUGAGCCCGUGGAGAUACAUCGCUUCUCAUCCUGCUCCCCUCGCUUCAGCAAGGUGUACAGCAGUAUGGAGCAUCUCUCCCAGCUGGAGCAUAAAGCCCCUGGUGUGACUCUACGGGAGCACAAGGUCCCCAGGGAGGAUAGAGUGGCCAAGAGAGAAAGCCUGGGUAGCCUCACGCUCAGGGACAAGAGCUGGAGGACUGGAUCGCCCGAGAUGAAGCGCUUAUCCUGCUCUGAGUCUUCCUUCUACGAGUGCGACUCCAGCCCACCGUCCGGGGCCCGAAGACGCUUCUCUGCCCUCAUGGAUACACACCGCCUGGCCUCCCCUCUGGAGGUGGACUCUGAGCUGCCUGUCCCCAGCAGGCAGCCUCCAGUGAAGGCCAGAGGGGCUUCCCUGGAAGGAUCUAUGGGUGCUAUUCCCUCCCAAGGCGAUAUGAGAACACUCCUUAAAGAUAGCAAUGGUCUCACAGCGGGAGACAAGCUUUUGAGACCUGCUGAUGCACCGUUGCUUCUACCAGGCAGUGCUACUGUUCUGGGGCUUCCAGACCCACAGGGGUCUCGUGGGGCCACCACUGACCUGGUGCUGCGAAGGGUUCGCCACCAGCAGCUCUCAGCUGAAGGAGAAAAACAUAACUCACGACCAGGAACCAAAGUUAUCAAAUCAGCUUCUGCUACUGCUUUGUCUGUCAUCAUUCCUGCAGUGGAGCAACAUGUUGCGUCCCCGCUAGCGAGCCCCAUGUCUCCUCGCUCCCUCUCGUCCAACCCCUCCUCCCGUGACUCUUCUCCCAGCAGAGACUACUCUCCCGUGGUCAACGUCCUGCAUUCGCCAAUCACCAUCCACCGCUCAGGGAAGAAGUAUGGCUUCACUCUACGAGCCAUCAGAGUCUACAUGGGAGACAGUGAUGUUUACAGCGUGCAUCACAUGGUCUGGCAUGUGGAGGAUGGAGGUCCCGCCCAGGAAGCUGGACUUAGCGCUGGUGACCUCAUCACUCAUGUAAACGGGGAGUCAGUCCACGGUCUGGUCCAUACAGAGGUGGUGGAGCUCAUCCUGAAGAGUGGAAACAAGGUGACAGUUACCACUACUCCAUUUGAGAACACCUCUAUUAAAGUGGGUCCUGCCCGCAAGUCCAGCUAUAAAUCCAAGAUGGCACGGCGCAGCAAGAGGACAGGAGCCAAGGAGGGACAAGAGAAGAAGCGCAGCUCCCUGUUCAGGAAAAUCACCAAGCAGUCCAACCUCCUGCACACCAGCCGCAGCCUCUCCUCUUUAAAUCGCUCUCUUUCAUCUGGAGACAGCCUCCCAGGCUCCCCCACCCACAGCCUCUCCGCCCGCUCGCCCACCCAGAGUUACCGCUCCAAUCUUACUGAACCCCCUUACAUGGGCACCUCCUCCCAGAGCAGCUCCCCAGCAUCCAGUACCCCCAACUCCCCUGCAGCGUCUCACCAUAUGAGGCCCAGCUCCCUGCACGGCCUGUCUCCCAAACUUCACCGCCAGUACCGCUCUGCGCGCUGCAAAUCUGCCGGCAACAUCCCGUUAUCCCCCCUGGCUCACACCCCCUCCCCGACCACCUCCUCUCCCCCACCUCUCUCUGGCCACACGGUAGGGAGCUCCAACACCACACAGACGUUCCCUGCCAAGCUGCACUCCUCGCCUCCUGUUGCCCGCCCUCGUCCCAAAAGUGCAGAGCCGCCCAGAUCCCCCCUGCUGCAGCGGGUGCAGUCGGCAGAAAAGCUAGGCGCACCAAAUCUGCCUUCCUCCUCUUCAUCGUCACCGUCGCCUUCUCCUCUGACAGGCGGGGUGUCAUUGCGCAAGCAUAGCCUGGAGGUGGCGCACGGCGAUUACAGGAGAGAUUCCUUCCAUUGUGAGCACAGUCUACAAAGCCUGCUAGAGAUGGAAGGAGAGAAUGGACCUGCUCCACCAUCUCCUUCAUCAUCUUCCUCCCCCUCUCCUCCCAUGGGAGGGGAGAUUGGAGGCCUGAAACCUAUCAGGAGGCUGGGAAGGCAGGAGUCACCGCUCAGCCGUGACACUCUGAUCACAUCAAGAGAGAAACAUACCCAGACUGCAGCGCCUGAGCUCACUGAGAGCAUGGCCACUAAAGCUGAGACCAAGAGCAAUGUUGUUGAUAAAACAUCCACUGCUGAAGUUCUCAAGAAUAACACAGGUGUAGCUGCGCUGAAGCCUAGUCCAGCUCUUGUCUCACCCACUGCAGAGGCCAAGCCGAGCCCAGGGGAUAAACUUCAAAAAGUAUGUACUUCAAGUUCUGAGGCAGCCGUCUCCAAGAGUAAACUCAGUGAGAAAAUCUCAACCCCCGGCACAUCAAAGGGCCUGCAACAACAAGACGGUAAGCAGCAGAGUGUUCAGACAGACAGUGGAGCUGCAGCUAAAGCUCAGGAGAAGACUGAGGAGAAAUUGAAAAGCACUGCAGACAAAGGGAACAUGCAGAAAGUACCCUCUGCAGAGCAGCCCAAGCCACGUAGAGGCACAGAUAGCGGAGAGAAGGGAGGCGUCGGUGGUGGCGGUGAUAAAGCAGCUGAGACGUCCAAGGUCAAAGGACCUGCACCCCCGGUUCCCACCCAGGCUGCUGCCAGAUCCAAGGUUUCAAACAGUUACCGCACGGCCAAGGAGGAGAGGGCGCACCUGGAGGUCCUGGAAGAGAAUCCCAUGUCGCCCUGCUCUAAUGCAGCCUCACCCUGCUCCGGCAAGGCUCGCCCGAUGUCUCCGGGGGAUAAAGCCAGCUUUGUCACCCAGCUCACAAGCGUGGCAAAAACAGUGCUCGGGCCUAUAAAGGGGGGAUCGCAAGAGGGGGCUAAGGCUAAAGACACCUCCAAGUCAAGUGAGGAGAAGCGAGGAAACACAGCAGGAAAAGCAGAGGUGUCUGGGGGCGGCCGCCGGGGGGCUCAGACAGCCACCUCAGCAGGCUCAGUCCAGUUUGAUAGAGGAAACAUUCGGAGCUCCAAGCAUCACUCGUGAUAAAAAGAGUAAUACUCUCCCAUGUAAUGCCUUUUACUGUAGCAUCACACUGACAUAUCGUUAAUUAACAUGACUUUGAAUGGAGGGGGAGAAAUAAAUGCCUGAAGAAAUAACACCAAAUAGUUGACAUGUGACAUGUAGACACAUCAAGAUGCAUCAGCCAUGUUGGAAAAUGUGCGCACAUGGUAUCAUAAUGUAGGCCUGUGUAUGUACUGUAUGUUCAAUGUGUUGUGUGUGUGUAUGUAUAUAGGGGAAAAGAUGCAUAUGUCUUAAUGCAUGUCUGACACUGUACAUGGAAAAAUUAAAGAAUAUUUAAAAAAGAAGAUAUAAAGCUGACCUUAAGGUGGUGAACACUGUGAACAACUUUUCAACACGUUAACUGUGUGUACACGAGCAGGUUAUGUUAUAAACGGGCAUUACUCACACUUCAGCUCCAUCGCCAUCAUUUAGUUCAGUUGAGAUUGUAAAAGAACAACAAGUACUCUAUUUCUGUAACACCGCAUGAUGUCAUAACUGCACAAAAUGUAAUACAUUUUCUCUACAUUAUGUAAUAACACCCACACUUUGUAAUAAUCUCCUGCAUUUUGUAAUAAACAGCUUGAUGUAAUAAAUAAUUACAUAUCGCAUGUGUUCUUACAAAAUGCGGGAGAUGCACUUUCUUUAUUGCAAAUGUAAUAAUACAUGCAUUUUGUAACCAUAACCAAAAUGAAUGUCUUCAUCUGUACACAUAUUAUAUUUUUAAGAAGGAUAAGGAAAUAAAGUUACACUCAAUGUAGAUAAAAGAUAAUCUACUGAACUAAUUGAGCUUUUAAAAAUAACUUUGAGUUAAUAUGAUUCAUGCUUGAAUGCAUAAAAUAAAUUGUUUUGUUAACAAUAACACAUUUAUGAAUGAAGACAUGUUUGGUUGGUUAUUACAUAAUGCAUGUAUUCUUACAUUGUCAUGAACAAAAGAAAUGUUGUAAUAACCACUGCAAUAUGUAAUCAAAUUAAUAUUAUUAUUAUUAUUAUUAUUAUUACAUGUUGCGUUAAGGCUAGUUAUUACAAAGUGCAGGUGUUAUUACAUAAUAAAGUGAAAACGUAUGACAUGUUGUCUAGUUAUUACGUAAAGGCUCGUGUUAUUCUGGAAACUGGACCAAGAUACCAAAAUGCUUGCAGUGAUGGAAUUAGGUGAAUCAGCUUCACGUGUGUUUAAGGGCUGAACAUUAGUGGAAUUGAAAGAGGUAGAUUCGAUGAACUUGCACAGGGACACUAUGCAAAAUGCUAAUAAUGCCACUUUUAUUUUGGUGUCCCCGAUCACUAAGUUUACAUUGUGCUCCAGACAAGAAGAAGAGAAGACAGAGGAAAAGGGUUGCAAUAAGCCGAGCAACAAACACAUUUUGUUUUAAACAUCGUCUCCAUUGAUCGUAGUGAAAUGUGCAAUUAUAUAUUUUAGGCUAUUAAGUGAAUACACUAGUGUGUGUGGUGAGGAGACAAAGGAAAGUAGGCUAGAAAUGCUCCUUCACUCACUCUUUUCUAUAUAUGCAGAUGUAUAUGUGUAAUGUUUCGUGUGAAGGAAAGUGCCAGUCUGUUUUUUUUUUAAGGAAUGAUUUUGUUUUGUUGUUUACACUUAAUGUAUAAUUAAAUAUGCAAUCCAACAGUGCCCAGUUUCAUAAAACGGAGCACCCUUGUCAGUGAUACAAUAGUAGACUAUACACAAAGCCAGGAGUAGAUGUGUUGAGAGAGUCUUUAGUGGUGAGGUCUUGUUUGUUCUUGUGUAUUACAGAAAAAUGAUCUUGAUAGUUUUGGGACACUAGGCUCAGAUCUGUCGUAGACUGCCACCUUGUGGGACUAUGUCACAUUACACCAAGAGUCCUGAGGUGAAAAGAAAGACAGAUGUACAUUUUGCCUGCGGAUUUUUCCAUUUAAUACACUAUUAUCCGAAUGCAUAAUUCUUGAGCUUAAGAAAGUCUAUAUUUUAUGUAUUAGGAUGUAGUCGUCAUCAGACAUCAACCCAAUGUUUGGAUCUGUGUUUGGAGUUUGUGUGUGAUGUGAGAAAAAUUGCACUUUAUUUUGUGUCAAAUAUUUUUAUUUACUGGUCUUAUAUAUUUGAUUUGAUUAUUUUUCUAUUUAUAACACUUUUUUUUAUUAAUUCAAAUGUUUUACUUGUCACUAGUUAGUGAAUUUCUGCUUUACUACAGAAAUAAGUUAUUUAUAAACUUUGCAUUUAGACUGAGAAACCUACCAAAUCUGUGUGACCCUAUUGUGUGCAGUUUUGACGUUCAUUCCAAUAUGUCUGAAGUUGUGAUAUUGCUGUCCAAGUGGUUGUUUUUUUUUACAGCAACAACUAUCUCUGCCUGUUGUCGUCCAUUAUGUUGCUACAUAUUUACUAGCCACCAUUGUGAAAAACCAAUGCAAAAAAGCCUAUAGUGCAGAAAUGUAAUAAAAUGCAGAGAAACCCCUCA